UAAACAUUUAUUGCUAAUGGAAAACUUUACCAAUCAAGAAUUGGCGGAUAUGCAUUUGGCAUACAGAGCAACAAACUGCAAUGCACGAGCAGCAUCGCGGUUGUAUCAUGAACGUUAUCCCGAACGACAGCAUCCUGGAUACAAAAAGUUUAUUGCGGUUCAUCGGCGGCUCGCUGAGACAGGCAUGUUUAAGACCAAGAUGCAUGAUACUGGUGUUGCUCGAACCGUAAGAACGGUCGAAUUUGAAGAAGAGGUGCUUCAGCGAGUUGCCGAUGAACCAUCAAAUAGCACACAUGACGUCGCUAAGAAUAUGAAUACGAGUAACGCUUCUGUCUGGCGGGUACUACACGAGCAACAACUCCAUCCUUACCACUUCCAGAAAGUUCAAAGUAUGACUGCAGCCGAUUAUCAUCGUAGAGUUCAAUUUUGUCGAUGGCUUCUGGAUCACAUCAUUGCACAACCAAAUUUUUUACGAUAUGUUUUGUGGACCGAUGAAGCCUCUUUCACAAGAGACGGUAUUUUUAAUAGUAGGAAUAGCCACGUUUGGGACGAAGAAAAUCCUUAUGCAAUUUUUUCAAGAAAACAUCAGAAUCGUUGGUCUGUCAACGUAUGGGCAGGCAUUGUUGAUGAUUAUUUAAUUGGGCCAUACCUUCUACCGGAACGGUUAACAGGACCUAUUUAUCUGCGUUUCUUGGAGGAAGUUCUCCCAGAACUCCUUGAAAAUGUUCCAGUAAACGUUAGACAGCAAAUGUGGUUUCAGCAUGAUGGAGCGCCGGCUCACUUCGCUGUACAAGUACGCGAGUACGAGUACGAGUACGAGUAUUUGGCUCAGCGGUUUGGGCACCGUUGGAUUGCCAGAGGUGGAGCAGUUUCUUGGCCUCCUAGGUCACCCGAUUUAACGUCGCUCGAUUUUUUCUUGUGGGGACAUGUAAAGUCUUAAGUCUACGAAACUCCAGUAGAAUCAGAGCUAGACUUAAUUGGACGAAUAACAGCAGCAUUUGAAAUUAUUCAAAACGAGGAUCAAAUUUUUAGUGUAGCCCGCCGAAAUCAUGUGCCGGGUUUAAAUCGGUGUAUUGAGG